AUGUCGGACCUCUUCAUCAAACAAAUCGAUGUCUUUCAGAAAGAUUUACCAUAUUCCGGUGGAGUGUACCGUCUGUCCGGAGGACGAGAAUAUCGCAGUUUUGAUGCAACCUUUGUUCGCAUAACUACACAGAAUGGUCUCGAGGGUUGGGGUGAAAGUACACCUUUCGGAUCCUCUUUCGUUGCUGCCCAUGCACGAGGUGUCCGCGCUGGUAUCGCUGAGAUCGCUCCAAAACUCAUCGGCCUUGAUCCACGAAGAGUCGAUCGCGUAAAUGAGGCGAUGGACAUGGCACUCGUUGGACAUGAGCAUGCCAAAUCUGCUAUUGACAUUGCCUGCUGGGAUGUUUUUGGCAAGUCAGUAGGAAUGCCGGUCUGUGACCUCUUGGGCGGUCGAACGGCAGUGAAGCUGCCAAUUAUCUCUUCUAUCUAUGUCGGGGAACCGGAAGAUAUGCGUGCACGCGUUGCUGAGCAUCGGAAGAGGGGUUAUGUCGGGCAUUCGAUAAAGAUUGCGGGAGAGCCCGUAGCUGAUGCGGCACGGAUAGCUGCCUCACUUGCGGACAAGCAACCUGGCGAAUUCUAUCUCGUCGAUGCCAACUGUGGACUCACUGUUGAGACAGCUCUGCGUAUGUUGAGGCAGCUUCCUGAAGGGCUUGGGAUGGACUUUGUUUUGGAAGCACCUUGUGCGACUUGGAGAGAAUGUGUCUCUCUUCGGCGCAGGACAAAUAUCCCCAUACAUUUCGACGAGCUCGCAAUGACUGAGGCUUCAAUUAUUCAACUCAUUGCUGAUGAUGCUGCUGAUGGCAUUGGAAUGAAAAUCUCAAAGAGCGGCGGACUCACAAGGUGUCGUCGCCAGCGCGAUAUUUGCAUUGCGGCGGGGUACACUUUCAGCGUUCAAGACACAGUUGGAUCGGACAUCUCAUUCGCUGCUAUUGUUCACAUGGGACAAACAGUCCCCGAGAAGAACUUGCGAUGCAUCCUAGAACCACGCGAUAUGGUAACUGUCAAGACCGCCGAUGGCCCAUAUGAUGUUGUUGAAGGCCGAGUCACUGCGCCCAGAUUGCCUGGCUUGGGUAUUAAACCCCGCCUGGACGUGAUGGGAGAAGCUAUAGCGAGCUAUUACUGA